UGCGGCCUCAACCUUCGGAGCGAUUCUCUAUGUAGAUACAACAAAGUUAACGCAAUUGCAAAUUUUCUCCAUCACGCGCGCGCGCGUGUGUGUGUGUGUGUGUGUGUGUGUGUGUGGUAGCUUGAAUUUAAAAUAACCAAUAUAUUUAUUUGAUAGGAUUAACCCUUCAACGCCCAAUGUGACCGUACAGUCACAACUAAAUUUACAAGUUUAUCCUACCUCUCACCUAUCAUGACCUUCGAAUUUGCAUUCAAAAUAAAGUGUGUUGAUUUCAGUGAGAUUCGACAGUGGUGUGAGCACGAUCGUGGGCGUAACGUGUUUCAGUUAAAAAAAUUGUUUCUUGAGACAUCUCGGUGGAUUUUGAGAAAUAUGAACUCUCGACUAGAAACGAAAACGAGAAAUGAAUUACCAGAAUGGAGACAAGCGGUUCCUCAGGUGAUAGCGGUGUCCAUUAAAAAUACACUACUCUUGAGUUUCGGUAUGACUUUGGGGUUUCCUACCAUCCUCAUUCCAGCACUAUCAGGAGAUGAUGCAUCCGAAACAAUAAAACUGGGAACAGAGGCCAUAUCAUGGAUUGGAUCUAUUAAUUUGAUAUGCGCUCCACUAGGUUGUCUGAUGUCUGGAUCCCUCACACAUCUUCUAGGGCGAAGAAUGACAAUGCAGUUAGUAAAUAUUCCUAUUUUGACAGCUUGGUUCCUGUUUUAUUUCUCCACUGAUGUUUGGCAUAUCUUCUUGGCAUCCUGCAUAACUGGUUUGAGUGGAGGACUACUAGAGGCUCCUGUUCUCACUUAUGUAGCUGAAGUAACCCAACCACGCCUACGGGGUAUGCUCUCAUCCACAAGCACCACGUCCAUUGUCCUAGGAAUCUUCGGCCAAUUUCUACUAGGGUCAUUCUUAUCCUGGAGGGUACUAGCAGUAGUGAACUGUGCCUUUCCCAUAGCAUCCCUCAUUUUGCUUAUGAUUAUUCCGGAAACACCCGUAUGGCUCAUUACAAAAAAAAGAUUGGAAGAAGCCAAGAAGAGUUUAGCAUGGCUAAGGGGUUGGACUUCUGUCGAGAAUAUUGAAGAUGAGUUCCAAGUGUUAUAUAAGGAAAUCACUAUCGAUGGAGAUGACGGGAAGGAACUUCUGUCAAAUAAAUUAUUAAACAUGAAGCUUUUCGGAAAACUCAACUUCAUCUGGCCUUACUCUCUGAUAACACUAGCAUUCGUCCUUUGCCACUUCAAUGGAAAUUCAGCGUUGCAGGUGUAUGCUAUAAAAGUAUUUAAAACUUUCAAAACACCUCUCAGCGAAUAUUACUGCACAGCUAUUAUGGGACUAGCUCAGUUACUUGGAUGUAUCGUUUGCAUCACCUUCAUAAAAUUUCUUGGCAAGAGAGUCAUCAACUUCAUUUCUACUGCUGCGACUGGAAUAUGCUUCAUUAUAGUUGGUACCUAUGCUUACAUGAACAAUAUCGAGUAUUUAGAAAAUCCAGCAAAUGACACUUCCAGCGCCGAUAAUAGUACAUACUUUCAUCAGUGGAUUCCAGUAACUUUUCUGGUCUUCUCAACUUUUUUUUCCUUCUGUGGAGUAAAAAUACUGCCUUGGGUGCUGAUUGGUGAACUUUUCUGUAACGAAAUAAGGGCUUCGGCAGCAGGAUUAUCUGCUGCUGUGGGUUACAUCAUCAGCUUCUUCGCUAGCAAGCUCUUCCUGGACAUGGUGGCCACGAUGACACUGCCAGGGAUGUUUUGGUUUAGCGGUGGUAUUGGAGUUAUUGGAACAAUCGUAUUAUAUUUCGUUUUGCCAGAAACUGAAGGCAAGUCCCUGUUCGAGAUUACGGAGCAUUUCGCAGGAAGAAAUAAGCUCACCAACAGUGUCAGAAAAAGUAAGCCUUCGGGACGAUGUAAUCCCGCUUUUGAAAUAGAAGAACAAAAUUUUACAGAUAUUCGAUUUUAGUUCAAUGAAGUACUAUACAAUUUGUGAUAUUUGAUACUAAAUCAUAUUUAUCAAUUGAUGUGAUAUUGUAUUGUAAUAGAUAAUAUAUUUUUAAUAGAGUAGCCCA